UGCUUCUUCAAAAACUCCAACUAAUACUAAAACUUUUCAAAGGAAGUCAAUUGAUCUGACAACUUCUACGAAAACCUUAUCAUUACCAAUUGAUAAAGACAUUGAAGUUGCAUCAAUACAUAGCGAUGACUAUGAUGACCACAAUGACCAUGAUGAUCGAGAUGACUGA